AUGAACGAAUUGCAGGAUCCAUCUGAUCUUACUACGAGACUGAAAGGUUGGCACUCCAUUGGCGAAGUUAUUCAAAGUGGGUCAAUAUUCAAUACCUGUACUGUGGCUCUCGGCUGUACUACGACCGUACUCACGCGAGGUGCCACUGUUAGAUUCCACGAGGCAAUCUUGGUCGCGAUGACAAACUUGCUUUUGAACCCCAAGGCCCAAGACGGCUACAUGAUGCCUCUGAGGUCUUUCGACAAGGACAUUCGGGAGUGCCAGGAGCCUGGCGCGUACGACAAGUACAGACUCGUCAAGGUGACCCACUACAAGGACGUUACCGUAAUAGCACACGAAUUUCUGGUCCUCGACAUAUACAAUUCGGAGGAAGUGAGCGAAGGCGUAAUACACUUGCGCAUUGAGCGGGGGGCGACCACGGUGAAGCCUGGUGAAGGCUUCUCUGCGAGCUCAAAGAACACGCUCGCAUACGUGCGCCUGACGAACGAUAAAAUCUCUCGAGAUCCACUUUUCCAACCCUCGAAGUACUUCCGCAUCGCCUACCUUCGCUGUCCUCCGACGACUAUUAUCUCUCUGCCUGACGUCUGCCGGAUUUUCCCGACGCUCUACGAGGGAGCGCCGAACUAUUCGCUAUUAAAGAACCAGUGCUACUGGUUUUGCAGCACAUUUUUGCACGGCGUCGAAACUGACUAUAACCUGCGGAGGAUUAAGGCUGAGUACUGGAUGCUGCGAGGCAAUCCGGGCGGAUGGCUCGGCAACCUCAUCAAGUUAUUCAAACUCAGAAUCCUGAGGGACAACCGCGCGAAGGAGGAUACCGAUGCGUACAUCCAGCAUGGAGUUGACGAGGAGACGAAGGCGAAGGCAGCAGGCAAGGCUAAGUUGGACAGGAGCCUCGCUGAGCUUGUGACUCAGCAGAAACAGAAGAACGUAGGGGACAGAGAUAUGGUCAACAGAUUAUUGCAGCCUUCGCCAAUUGGGAGGGCGUCGCCGUGA